ACUCGUACGUAGCGAAAAGUGCAAGAAAGACAUCAGCAUUUGGAAUCAACUGAUACGUCUGAAAACUUUCGAUUGCAUUAGCCGAGAAAACCUAAUCAAUCGUCUUGCCCAGCUCAUCUAUAAACAGAAUAGUUUGGAAUCUAUUUGUCUGGAGGGUCUGUCGUUAACGCCGAACGAAGGUAUACGGUUGUUAUUGGCAUUGUACAACUCUCGUGAAACAGUGAAAUACGUGUAUUGUUGGCGGGCAUUCGAGAAAAUGGUAAGCAUUUCAAUGGACGGUGAACAUCGUGUUGGAUCAAGAUUUUAUGCGGAUAAAAAGAUCGAGAAAUGCGACUGGUUCCGCGCGAUCGGCUGUUUGGAGUGUCUCACCACCUUGUCUAUAAAUUAUGCGUAUAUAGCAACACCCACGGGAGAUCUACUUAUCAAUCUCGCCAAGUAUAUUUGACUACUAUAUUUUUAAUCUUUU